CUCUUCCUUCCCUCAUAUUUCAACUGCUUCUUCAUAGUCUCUCCGGGUACGGCUCCGGGCUUGCUUCUGUUGCUUCUAUCCCUCACUUUGCCCGGCUCAACUCUACCUAACGCAUCUCUACCCACUUCAGACCAACAAUGUACGAGUAUUGCCAUUUUAUCUCCUCCCAGAAUGGCGGAUCAGCAGAAUGCACGAGCAUGGUAAGGCUCCGUUGCCGCUUUUUUGAGGGGAUCUACUCUUUUACGGAGUAGUUCUAUGAGUCUAUAGAGCACUGCCGGACACUCUAUACUCCGCGGAUUAUCCUUGGGUAAAAUAUUGGCCAUGAGUCCCCGAAGUCAGCAACGGCUAAUUGUUCAGCUCCGAAGUCGAUCUGCUAUAAUAAGGCGCCAGGCAUCUGGAGAAAAUGCCCACCUUUGCGCUCGGUGAAAAUCAACCCUCUAGGCAGUCGCAUAGGCUACCGCGAGCACGAUGGCAUCCAAUUUCAUCUCUCUUUCUGCUCUAGCACUUCCAUUCUUUGCCAGUCAAGUCCUCUCUCAGUCUCAGCAGAUCAUCAUACCUCCUAAACCUUAUCUGGGGGAUGCCGACACGCAAUGGAUCUCCAGUUCCAGUGGCUUCGAUGCACCCAAAAACCGACACAUCAACUGGACCACUUACGACUGGUGGUACUUUGAUUUCGUCCAGGAGCCCAGUGAAAGCGGCAGCCAGGCCUCGAUUGCUAUUACCUUUUAUACCACCGGCACCGAUGGGUUUGAUGCUUUGCAGGAAGCUCUUCCCUUAUAUCCCAGCACCAACUUGAUCACAGCAGACGUGACUUGGCCGAACGGCACAUUGGAUACGUUCCUGUUCAUUGCCGGAGAGGCUACAUUUACUGUGGAUGGAGACGGUGUUAGCACCAACUACUCUGGGACCAAUUCUUGGUUCGAAGGUGCUCCUGACCUAUCGCAAUACACGGUAGAGCUCAAUUCUCCAGAGAAGGGCAUUGUUGGCUCUCUCGUCAUCAAGUCGGAUGCACCCGCUCAUUACCCUUGCGGCCCGAAUGAAGAAGGCCAGGAUUUACAACUGGUCCCUGGCGGUGGGUGGCUGAAUGCCAUUCCAGAUGGUGACGGGGAAGCCAGUUUCCAGAUCCGCGGCCAUGAGUUCAAUUUCCAGGGCAGGGGCUACCACGACCAUAACUACGGUAGAACCUUCUCAGAGGCCUUCAUUGCCUCAUACUGGGGCCACGGCCGCUUAGGCGAUUACGUCGUCGUUUGGGUUGACGCUCUCGCUGCCGAUGGCUCCAACCACGUCUCAGCGUACGUCUCAAAGGACGGCGAGAUCCUCACGGCACAGUGUGGAGGUAUCAAAGUACGACCUUAUGGGGACAACUCCACCUACCCACCCACGACGACAAGCGGUUCCCCAACCGGGUUCGAGAUACAAAUCACAAUUCCCGACGGCGAGCUUGAAUUGAAGGCAGAGUACACUUACGUAACUGCUGAGCACCGCGUCUAUCACCGUUACACUGGCUCCUUUACGGGGACGUUGAAUGGUAAAGCUCUUCCUGAUGGAGUGGCGCUGUGGGAACAGUUUACGCUUCAGGAGGAAUGAGAGAUUGUCGGGUUUGGCGUUUGACGAAGAUGUUUGUAGGAAGGUGGCGUCUUGGGAUUCGUCUUUGUGGAUUAUCUAGAAGCAUCGAGAAAUAUACGAGGCAAAAAAAUUGGUGCUGUCGGAUGUUUUGUAGAUCUAUAGCUCUAGUAAUCGAGUCUUCUAGACAUUAACUAUAUCACAGAGUGUUCUGUUGCCGUAUACACU